AUGCAAGUGACGGCUGUGGAGGAUUUUCACGGUGUUUAUCUGCUGGUCAGUCGCAGUGAGAAUCGCAGUUUCUGCGGGAGAACCUAUGUGGGCUACACAGUGGAUCCUAACAGACGGAUAUCGCAGCAUAACAGAGGGAAGGAUGGCGGAGGAGCCAAGAGGACGAACGCCAGAGGUCCGUGGCAGAUGGUGCUCAUUGUUCACGGCUUUCCCAACAGUCUCUCGGCUCUGAGGUUCGAGUGGGCUUGGCAGAAGCCGGAAAUCUCGCGACGCCUGAAAAACAUUCCCGGAUUGGGUAAGAAGUCCUCGCUGCGGCGCUUCGACUUGCAAUUCCGUAUUCUCACAGAAAUGCUACGGAUUGGCCCCUGGAGUCGAUUACCGCUGGUGAUACGAUGGCUGGCUGAUGAUUUCGUCCGUGACUUUCCGGCAAGUGAACAAUCUCUUGACAUCAACAGCUGUAAUUGCCACGCUCUUCUCUCUUCUCUUCUCUUCUCCGGCACAGCCAGAAAAGAUGCCACCAGUUCACAUGGAGUCUGCUUUGGGCGCGUGAAGCGGAAGAAGAAACCCGAAAAGGCAGCGGAGGAGCACCCGGAUGAUGGCCCUUCGUGCAGCCUCUGCGCGAGUCGCAUUGGGAAUCCGUGCCAAUCUCUCUUGACCUGCAUUAAUCCAAGAUGUACUCUCCAGUGCCACAUUAUUUGUCUGGCGCGAGUGUGCAUCACGGAGGCCAAUCAAUACAUUCCAACGGAAGGUGAUUGUCCCAUUUGCUUCACCCACUUUCUGUGGGGCGAUCUGAUAAGGAAGAAGAAUGGGUGCAGCGAUCUCGUGCCCACGAGUGAUGAUGCAACCGAUAUGGAGAAUAAUAGCCACGAUCUGUCCCUUGAUUCCACCUCUGAUGGAGACUCCGCUGAUGACUCUUGAUGGGAUUCCAUUGUCGUUGCGAGCGCGCGAGGAGAGAAAAGAACUAUGAAAUUUCACAUUAAUGUGUGACUUUUCUUCGCAUGGUGAAUUAAUGGUCGUUUUUUUGAGCUCCUCCAGUAUAACGUUGAUUUGACCAUUUAGCAAAUUAUCUCUUUAAACGGUUGUUAAUCAGAGAUGUAAACCUGUAAAAGAUCGCUUAGGAGGAAAUCAAUUGACGCCUCACGUCCUAAAAGUCAAUCACUUGUCGACAUACUGGCCAAUAUUCUACACAAUUUGACUAUAAGUAAUUUUACAUACAAUCCCACAAAGUGCAUGCAAAGAAUAG